CCAGAUCCGUACAUUAUUCACAUUUUAAAUAUUUACAUUUGGGUUGUCUGUAUAUUUUAAAUAUUUACAUUAUUCAUAUUUUAAAUUAUUGAAAUUUCAUCAUGUGACGAUGAAGGUGAUAAAAAAGAUGAUAAAUGAGGGUCACUCAACCAACAAGCAAGCAAUUGUUACUUCAAAUCGACUUUAUGACGAUGAAGAAGAACCAUCGAUUGAGGAGUAUUAUGAUGAUGAGGAGAGCUCUUAUGAAGUUAACAAAAAAAAUGAAGGUUGAGAAUUCAGAUCCUGAUUAUGUCCCUAGCGAAAAUGUUCCUACUACUGCUCAAGUCAAUUUUCUUUUGCUGCUAAGAUCAAAGACGAAGAAGAAGCAGAUAAAUUAUUUACUGAAGCUAUGGGCAUUCUUGCAGCUAUCUGGAAAUUUCAUCAGGAGAAUGAGUUUAGAUGUCUUAGUCUUAGAAGAAUAAAUGUCAAGUCAAUAAAUUUAGGUCUACGAGUUUGUGAAUCUUAUUGUUGGAAGUUUUUAUCAGCUUAGAUAAUGUGACAAAGAACUUAUGUUUAGAUCUUUAUGUUUCUUUAAUAUUGACUUUAUGAAUGAUAUGGUUUGUGUGUUAAAUAUGAUAUAGUUUUCAAAUUUAUUACUUCAUUUUCAAAGCUUCACAAUUUUUUGUGUUGUUGCCUAUCCAAUUUUAAAUUUAUAUAAUGUAACAAACUCUUGUUGCCUUUUUAUAAUUGUAUGCAUAUACCCUUGAUUUAUCAAACCAAAUACUAUUUACAAGAGCAAAUUCGCUUUUGCGUAAGUGAUUGGGUGAUGAAACCAAAACUUACUUCUAACACUAUUUAUGUCUUCGAAUCUUUUAAGUCAAGAUUCGUUUUUUGGAAAACCUUGUUUUAUAAUGUAAAAACAUGAUAUUUAUGUGCAGUUACUUUUGUCUCUACUAAAAAUUUGCAGUCCUUUUUAUUUAUGCAAAUAGUCCACCAGUCAUCAUCCAUAAUUGUGUGUCAAUCACGAAUAGCUAAGUUAUCCACACAAAUCUUCUGCCCAUUUGAGAAAACAUAAGUUUCGGAUAACUGGGACUGAAGAAACAUCUAUCACGAGGAUUUUAGAGCACUGCAGGUCAGUCAUUCGCUAUGGAAUUUGACUAGAUUUUUAUCGAUGUAUAUUUUCUUUUCAAAAGUAAUGCUUUAUAUAGUUUGUAUAGUAUUACAACAAUAGUUUUAUUACUGGUGCAAUUACAAUGUUGACUUAUUCAUAUCUCACAUUUCAAAAGAUUGAUAAUGUAUCAUCUGAUCGAGUUUCGGGAAUACGAUGUAUAUGUCGUUUGCUUUAAAUCAGCAUUGUGUGUUCUAUAUAUAUUGCUAACAUAUAUGUUACAUAAAGGUAUCUACAUUAAUAGAAACUAAAAUGGAUCAUUAUGUUACAAGCCUUCUUCGAUUCCAGGUUUCUCCGAACCAAUGCGGUCCAAAUAAGAGAGGCAUAUACGAGAUAGGAGAGCUUUUCUGCUCCAUAGCCUUUUUGUAGAUGUUGCAAUUUUUAGAGCGAUUGCUUCCAUACAGUAUGUAAUGGAAAAACGUAUUGCUUCUUCAAUUGAGAAAGAUGAAAUUUUGCACUUCGAGACAGUAGGGGAUUUCAGCAUUACUGUCACCAGAGAUACUUCAGAUGCAAGCUGCAAGUUGGAUACAAAGAUUGAUGGGAAUAGGAAAACGGGAAUGGACCGCAAACAUCUUAUAGAGAGAAACUUACUGAAAGGAAUCACUGCUGCUGAAAAGACAACAACUCAUGAUUUCAUCACCUUGGGCGUCAUGAAUGUGUGGUAUUGUGGUUAUAUUGCAAUCGUGAAAGUCAACAACUUUGACAAAAGUAAAUUGGACCCUUUGCAAGCCAUUGAUAUUGAGGACCAACCUGAUGGGGGAGCUAAUGCUCAAAACAUUAACAGUUAGAGAAUGUUUCUUCACGCGAAACCUAUAAAAGAGCAGAUAAGAGCAGCUAAUCACGCUAUGAGCUCAAAGCAUGAGGAGCUUACUGUAGGCCAAGCUUUUGUAGAGAAAUUGUUAAAUGACAGUCUAGCUAGGCUUGACGAAGAGAAGACUGACGAAAACGUCUUCAUGAGAUGGGAACUUGGAGCUUGCUGGAUACAGCACCUGCAAGAUCAAAAGAAUGCAGAAAAAGAGAAGAAACCUGUGGCUGAUAAAGAUAAGAAACAUAACAGCGAGAAGACUAAAGGUGAAACAAAGGUAGAGGGACUUGGAAUGCCUCUUAAAUUUCUUAAGAAUACAAAGAAGUUAGAUGGCUAAGAAGCUUCUUCCUCUUUGGAUAUGAAAACAUCUGUAUGUCAACGAUGGUGAGAACCAGAAUGAUCAGCCUUUGUCUACUGAAGAUAAAUGAGACAUUGUAGCACCUGACAAAAACCAACAUUUGCUAAAAAAUUAUUAUCUGAUCCAGCAUUUACAAGGCUAAAAGAAUCUAAAACAGGACUUCACCUGCAGGUAUGUAGGGGGAGAAGCAGGAAUUGUUGACUUGUUAUUUUUCAAAUAUAAUGAUAUAUCUUACC